CAGAGCAGUUAGGUAAUUUAAAAUGAAAUGAGGAGGUGUGAGGGAAUGUGCUCUGGAUAGAAUAUUUUUUGUUGUGUUCAUGUAGCCGCUAAGCUUUCAGACGCUGAAAGCUUGUUAACCUGUUGCGCAGAAUAUAAAUGAGCCUUUUACCAAAGUCUCACGAAGAAUUUAGUCACAAGGAUUUCUGGAAUUCGUUUUUCAAGAAACGGGGAACCAGGGCUUUUGAGUGGUACGGAGAGUACCCGGAACUAUGUGGCCUGUUGCACAAAUAUAUCAAGCCAAAGGACAUUAUUCUUAUGAUAGGUUGUGGAAAUUCCUCACUGAGUGCAGAUUUAUAUGAUGUUGGCUACAGGCAUCUAACAAAUAUAGACAUUAGUCAUGUUGUUAUACGUCAGAUGAUUGAAACACAUGGCAAGGAUCGGCCAGAUAUGGUUUAUAAACAGAUGGAUGCCUUACAUAUGACAUUCGAUGAUAAUGAGUUCAGUGUUGUCCUCGACAAAGGAACACUUGAUGCUUUGAUGCCGGACAACAGUGAAGAAGUUCAGAAGAGAAUAGAUAAAUUAUUCAGUGAGAUAGAUCGUGUCUUGCGGGUGGGUGGCCGUUAUGUUUGUGUCUCUUUACUUCAAGAACACAUCCUUCUGAAACUGUUGGAGUACUUCCCAGCUGCAGGGUGGAUGUUCAGAGUUUGCAGGUGUAUUGAAGCUGAAAGAAAAUCACCUGAUGGAGAUGGGCCUGCCUUCCCCGUUUUUGUAGUAAUUUGCACUAAGUUUAAGAAACUGGCCAAUGCAACACCAGUUCUGGAAGUAUGCUUUACUUGUGAACAAAUUCAGAGAGUAAAGACACAAUCAGAUGUUGUUAUUGCUGUGAGGUCUGUGCAGCAAUCGGCAAUGGUGUGUGCCCGAUUGAGUCGUGGCACUGUUGCAGGCCAUGGUGAAGUAUCUUUAGAUUUGCAUCGACCUAAUGAAGAUACACCACGUUAUACUGUUUAUGUACUGGAUCAGCCAUACUCGAGAGAGACCAGUCGUCGCUUCGCAGCUUUCAUUGUACCACAAGGAAGAGAAACUGAGUGGCUGUUUGCAACCCCAGAAGGCAGAGUUGCAUUGCUAAAGUCUGCUGGCUUUGACAGGCUGGCAGUAGUAGCAUUACAUAGAGAUCACACGUAUAAGGGUUUGGAUGCAGUACAGGAAGAAUUGUGUGACAGUAUCUUGCACUUAGCGCCACCAGGAUGUCGACAGGGUAAUCAGAUUCCCUUCCUAUCAGUUGGAUCUGAUGUUGGCCGUAGAGAAGUCUGUUACCGAGGCCAUAGUCAAAUGUCAGGUGACUUUGUGGUAGAAGAAGCUGAAGGUGAUGGUGGAAAACUAUUUAGAAGACUUAUUUUCCUGAACAAUCAAGGCACAGUACAAUCAGAAGCUCGUUUGAAGAUACUGAAAUCGAGGAAAGGAAAGCCGAAGAAAGUUGUUGACAUUGGAUAUUUGGCUAGUGACUACCUCAUUUAUAUGACUGUUGGAGUGGCUCUGGCAGCACCAGAAAAUUCAGUUUGUCAUGUAGCAGUAAUUGGUCUGGGAGGUGGUGGUCUAUGCAGUUUCAUACAACACUGUUUUACAAAGAUUCGAAUAACAGCAGUAGAUAUAGACCCUGUUAUGUUGGAAAUUGCAACAAAUUAUUUUGGGCUGGUUCAAGAUGAGCGCUUGGGUGUAUACAUUCGUGAUGGCAUUCAGUAUAUUCAACAGGCUGCAGAGAAGGGUACAACAUUCGACGUAGUGUUGUUUGAUGUUGACAGUAAGAAUCAUACACUUGGUAUGAGCUGCCCUCCAAAGGAAUUUCUGGAGCCAGAUGUUCUGCAGGCAGUUAAAACAUGCAUUGGAGAGACAGGGUUCUUCGUGCUGAAUCUUGUGUGCCGAAAUGUGGAUUUGAGGAUGCAGGCACUCAAGAACCUCACUGCAGUCUUCGACUCUGUAAGCUCUUUCAAACUUGAACAAGAAGUUAGUGAAAUAGUGUUUUGUUGUGGCUUUAAGGUUGUAACUGGUGAUGAGUGGCGUAGUUUGAUUGAAGCUGCUGCGGUAAAAGUUAAUGCUCUUGCAAAGAAGCGAAAAUUGCAGACAGAUAAUUUGGUCGAUGUCACUAACCUUGUCAGUUCCCUUCAAAUUAGUACAUGAAUCCUGAAGAAGUAAUUGAAAUAGCUGUUAAAACAUCGUGACUUGCAUUGUUGUGAUAAAAGUACAUACUGUGGAGUUUCAAAGCUAUACUGAAAGUCAAAUCUGGUGACAUUACAUUGUGUCAUGUAUAAAUGUAUGUGUUUCAUAAUUUGUGUGGCUGUUCGUAGCCACAGGUUUGUAGAUAGUUUUCUAUUCUGAUUUGUAAAUUUGUAAUUAGACAUAUAUGUCAGCAGAACUAUUGUUUGUCAACUUUUGUAUAUUGUUGAAUGGAAAAGAACGUUAUUAAACAGAGUACAAAGUGGGUGAUCACACUUCAUUGUGUUUUGUACAGUAGUAUUACUGUGAAGUUGCAGAGCUAUUGUGUCAUUUGUCUAUCACUUGCUUAAAUGACAUAGUGUUGCCCCCCCCCCCCCC